AUGGCUUUGGAGGAGGAGGUGAAGGUGGUGGUGGAGAGUGGUAGUAGUAUGGUUUCGGUGGAGGAGGUGAAGGUGGAGGCGGUGAGUGAUAGUAGUAUGGCUUCUUGGGUGGUGGAGGUGGAGAAUGAUAAUAGUAUGGCUUUGGUGGGGGAGGUGAAGGUGGUGGAGGAGAGUGAUAAUAAUAUGGCUUCUUUGGUGGAGGAGGUGGUGAAGAAUAGUGGUAUGGAGGAGAGACAGGUGGUGGUGACGAGUAAAUGUAGUGGUCAGCUGAGAUUUGAGAUGGGAAGCUUAGAGACACAAUUGCCAAUACAAGACUGA